AUGGAGUGGCAAUUCAUCAUACCACAGGCAAGAGCGGAGCUUCUGCGAUCGGACAAAAACCAUUACUGCGUCGGUCGAGUUAUUGACGCCGCCGAAGUUCCGGAUGCGCUAAAGGCUUCACGUGUAAUCUCGAAUGAUCCGUUCGCUCUAUUCGAUCAUUUCGAUACGUUCUAUUCGGUGAUCGACAAUGAAAAAGCUUUGGCCGGGACGCAACUGUUGCGCGCCUACGAUCAGCUCUAUGCUGCUUUCGAUAAGCUGGGCAGUAAAAUGGCAGACUUGCUUUCCCGGAAGGAUAUGGAUGCAACCGAUCAGCAAUCCGCGUUGAAUGCACUUAAAAUGUUAGCCUUCCUGGUGAAUGGUAUGGUAAAGGCAAUCGAUUCAUACAUAAAUGCUGCCAACGAGAAAGUAACAACAAAGAGAAACAAAAAGCAGUUAGUGAACGAGCAGGUUGAGGCACUCGAUUGGGACAACAAACGAAACCAGUGCAUCGUGCAGUUGUUCAAUGUAAUGCAACUUCCGCUAGAGAAGCUGUGGGAACCACCGGUGUGUGAGGAAUCGUUCGUAGAUGUAAUAUGCGAUGUAUGCUACCGAACCCUGGAACAGUCGUACGUGCGGAAUCGUGGUACCGUGGACAGUGUGUUCCAAAUAUUUGGAACGGCUAUUAAGCGCUACAAUCACUCGCUUUCAUUCCCGGUCCGAAUUCUGCAAAUACUCGAACACACCGAAGCAGCGAUCCCUCCCAUUGCUGCCGGAAUGCUGCUGCUCUACGAAGAGUUUGGCAUUCAAACGAUCUACCCAGUAAUCUUGAAGGAAAUUAUUGAACGGCUGGGCGUGGAUUCGGCCGACUCGCAAACAGCACGCUUUUUCAGCCUUUUCCUUAUCGAGCUCGGUACGCUUGCCCCGAAGCUAAUGAUACCACAUCUUUCUACGCUGAGUGAGGAACUGUUGAGUCUAGACUCUUACACGCUGCGUAACUGCGUACUGCAGAUCAUGGGUGAGGCGAUCAUUAGUGAACUCACGUCGGAAGAUCUGUCGGAUGAGCUGAAGGAAACCAGAGACGAGUUUCUGGAAGAUCUGCUCAACCAUAUAAUGGAUAUAUCGGCGCAUGUACGCUCGAAGGUGUUACAGAUUUGGUUGAAUCUCAAAGAGAACAAUGCUGUACCGCUUGUUUGGAUUCAUAAAGUGCUGCACACGGCCAUCGAACGAUUGGAGGACAAGGCGUUGCUUGUGCGAAAACAGGCGAUCGCGUUGAUUAAAUCCUUUCUGGAGCACAAUCCAUUUGCCGCAAAGUUAUCUCUAGCUGAGCUGAGAGUUAAGUACGAAGAAGAAGAUAAAAAGCUACAGGAUCUUCGCACACAACUAGUGGCGCACAACACUCAAAUGAAGACAGUGGAAGAGGAAUGGGAAGACAUCUUGGUGCAAAUGUACCCGACCGUAACGGAAUUGUUUGGCAAGGAGCCGGACGACUUGAAAACUGCGACCGAAGCCGAUGUUAAGCUACUUUCCGAGAGCAUCCUAACGCUGCUGAAAGAGGAAAACUACAAUGAACUGGUGCGUCUGGUACAGCGGGCCGAUUACGCGCUCGGUAACCACGAUCAGCUAAAGCAAAUGACCGUUGACCAUCAGUGCAUGUAUUACAUCACGCUGAUGAAGAAUUACUACAUUCAUGGCCAUUCGAAUCCGACAUUGAAUGAUGAGCUUCAGAAGGCAGAAAAGGUAGUAAAUUUUCUGCACGACUCAUUGCGCUUCUCGGAGCUGAUAUCAAAUGCCGUACCCAAAUUGCUAGAGAUGCUCAUGUCCAAAGCUCAGACGGAUGUGCAUGGUGCGAUUGAUUUCUUUACCACAGCGUACCUGUUUCGCAUCAAGGGUACGGAACAGGGUAUGCAGCAAAUGCUUUACCUCGUGUGGUCCUCUGAUAAAGAGAAGCGUGAGAAUGUAACUGCCGCAUACAAGCGAGUACUGUUCGAAACUGACUUGCAAGGACGGGGGCACGCGGUGAAGGUGGUGCGAAAUUUGAGCCAAUUCCUGACGAAUUUAACCCGCGGCCAGUACACCGCAAUGGAGGUGCUCGUGCAGGAGUGGGUCGAGCAUGGUGAUAUCGAUUCACAGAUAAUUCAGGUUCUGUUCGAAAUCUACACCAUGAAGUUAGAAAAUGUGACCCCGGAGGAAUCGCGGCAGGCACUCCAGCUGCUGGUAAUGGUAUCGGCAGCCAAACCGUCGGUUGUGACCGCCAACCAACAGCUGUUGGAAACGAUCGGCCUAGAGGAGCGUGGUAGACGUGAUCCACGCAUUUUUGUGGCCACUUUGGAGCUUUUUAUGAACUCUAUUCCUCUCGCGACGAACAGCUCGAAACACUACAAGCGCUACGAACAUUCGUCACCGACAGUGCAGAACGUGGUUGACCUGUACACGAAGCUGUUCUUCUGCUCCCAGGUGCAAUGCUUUGACGACAUUGGUACGAAGGUAUUUGACUUCAUUUACAAAAUGGUUAAAACGCCCGAUCUUCUAUCACAAUCGAUAGUGGUCGCUUUGUACGAGCGAUUGCAGAAGUUAUCCGAAGCGAGCGCGGAGGAAAGUACCCAAGAGUUACGGUUUUCGCAGUUGAGCCAAAUUUCGGGAUCUACUCAAGAUCCGACCGCGCGCGUGUCAUCGCAGAGUGGAACGCAAGCGGAACAGUUGCUAUUAACUCUUCCGAAUUUUCUGGCGGCACGGUUCAUUUUCACCAUCGGGUACGUUGCAAUGCGCGAGAUGAUCUACUUGGAUAUCGAUGUGUACAGCAACAUGAAGUAUCGCCAGGAGUUAAAAGAUGAGUUAAAGAAUAUAAAAAAGAAAAAUGCUGCAUUGGCAGGUAAUAAGCAUAAUAAUGCUUCAGCGAACAAUGUCGGGAAGACGGCAAAUAUGCGGAAAACACUUUCCACGACAAUGAACGUGUCAGCGAGCAAUGCACUGAAGCGGCUAUCGGGUUCCACCGGAACGGGCAAUAAUGGGCCCGAUCAGACUGAACCGGAAGAGGAACUGCUGAGUGGGGCUACAGCAGAGGAUACCGUUGCGGAAGAGAUCAACUAUAUUUGCGAACAAGAGUUGCUGUAUGGGAAGGAAAAUCUGUUGAACCGUUUGAUUCCCACCGUGCUGGAGGUGUGCAAGUUUCCGAACCGCUACAAGGAUGAUAUGCUGCAAAAGGCGGCCGUGUUAACACUGGUCCGCCUGAUGGCUGUCUCGUCAAAGUUCUGUGACGAUAACAUGCCGUUCCUGAUGAAUAUUUUCAAACACACGAAAAAUAACGACAUUAAAUGCAAUAUCGUGAUCGGGCUGUCGGAUUUCACCUUCCGGUUUCCAAAUGUGACCGAACCAUGGACCAAGCACAUGUACGCGACGCUGCACGAGGAGAACGUCGAGUUGCGCAUGACGGCGGUUAAGAUGCUGUCACACCUUAUCCUGCAUGAGAUGAUACGAGUCAAAGGUCAAAUAUCGGACCUGGCUCUUUGCAUCGUUGAUCCGGUGAAGGAGAUUCGCAUCAUCACGGAGCAGUUCUUUAAGGAGAUAGCGAACAAAUCGAACAUCCUGUAUAACGUGCUGCCCGACAUCAUUUCCCGCUUGAGUGAUCCGAAUCUGCAGCUAGAAGAGGAAAAGUAUCAUAUCAUUAUGCGGUAUAUCAUCAGCCUGAUUAGCAAGGACAAGCAGAUCGAGAGUUUGGUCGAAAAGCUGUGCCUGCGGUUCCGCGUGACGAAGGAGGUGCGCCAGUGGCGUGAUAUUGCGUUCUGCCUGUCGCUGCUAUCGUACAACGAGAAAAUGAUCAAGAAAUUGACGGAAAACAUUGGCUGCUUUAAAGACAAAGUGCAGCAUGAGGAGAUCUAUCAAGCAUUUCGGACGAUCAUCAGUACCACGAGCAAACUGGCAAAGGUGGAACUAAAGACUGCAGUGGUCGAAUUUGAUACGCGUUUAAAGGAAUGCUUAGAGGUGCGCGAAGAAACCGCAAAUGCAGCGGCAAACACAGCAGGAUCAUCGGAUGAAGCGAACAGUGAAAUUGCAACGACUUCCGGUCGAAAGGAACGCGCGUCAACCGUUGAACGUCGAACAAAGGCGACUGGCGGUGGAGGAAACAAAAAAGGAAGCGCCAUCAAAUCAACAACCACGGCAGGACGGCGCGCUGCCGGUAGACGGGCAGCAAAGCAAAUAUCAGACGAGGAGAAGAGUGACAGCGAGGAAGAAAAUCUGCCACCCGCGACAAGUUCGCGAGCCGCGGCCCGGGCACGCCAGCACAUGAAGAUUACCAAAGUCAUUGAAAGUGACAAUUCAGACAUUGAACCCGACACUAGACGCAAAAAGAAAAGAACAUUUGCCGCAAAACAUAGGGGCGAAGAAUGAUAUUUUUUAAGCGAGAGAACGACAGAACGAGAGAGAGAGAUAGCGCAAACAGUUUACAUCUCCUUAAAUCUACUUUGUUCCAACCUGCCUACAUUUUUUUAAUCAACGGUCUAUUUUUUAAUCAUCCUUACUGCACACCAGAGGUCAACGGUUUUAAAACAAGUAGCAUAAAUUUAUUUUUAUUGAAGCAUUUAUAUUUUUUUAAAAGAAACUGAAGAAAACUUUCUUUGAUAGUACUAAUAGGAUUUUAAAAAGUAUACUUUAACAGAAACUGUAGAGCGUUGCGGACAGGAAAAAAGUAGAGAGCAAACUGCAAAUUUAGAUAUUUACUAGGACGACAAGUUUAAAUGUUUUAAGCCAUAGCAUUCAAAUGCAUGAAUAUAGUUUUCUUAGUGAUUCGAUAGUUUAAUAUAGUUUGGGCUAGCACUCAGUAGGGAAAAAACCCAACCACUAGAGGAAAGGUAGCGUCUUAAGGAUUGUAAUUUGUGUACAUGAUUUGCGUGUGCGUGUCAGUCUGCUCGGAUUUAAAAUAUAUGUAUCUAAAAGAAUGCUGGCAAUACAA